AGUGGGACACAGCUGAAUGGGAUUAAAUGUAUUCCUCCUUGUUUCUAGACAAUAUUGGAAUGCAUAGAUAUCAAUGGCCACCAUAUAUUGUAACCUAAACACAGGGUCUGGUCUGAAGAAACUCAAUGAAUACCUUCUGCAUCGGAGUUACUCAAAUAGGUAUCAUCUAAACUCCAAAAGAUCAUCAAGCUUCUUCUGUAACAGCAAAAAGCAUUUCCAUACCACUUACAGAAGAAAAUUGAAAAUAGAAAAAGGACACCAAUCUCAACAGGUACUUUCAGAGAGAAAUGCAGACUAUUCUGGCACGACUACUGAAGAAGAAAAAGAAAAUGAUGUUUCUAAGGCAAUUUUGAUAUGGAGGGCAGUUAAAUUACCAAUAUAUUCUGUUGCUUUGGUUCCUCUCACUGUAGGUAGUGCGGCUGCUUAUUUUCAAACAGGCAUAUUCUCCGCUAGGCGUUAUUUUGUUCUCCUGGCUUCCUCAGUUCUUAUUAUCACAUGGCUUAAUUUAAGCAAUGACGUUUAUGAUUUCGACACAGGAGCAGAUAAAAACAAAAGUGAAUCAGUUGUAAACCUCGCUGGAAGCCGUACAGUAACUUUACUUGCUGCUUAUUCAUUUCUUGCUCUUGGCUUCAUGGGGCUGUCAUGGACAUCCGUGGAGGCAGGAAAUAUGCGUUCAAUAAUAUCACUGGCAUGUGCGAUUAUUUGUGGUUAUAUAUAUCAGUGCCCUCCAUUUCGGUUAAGCUACCAAGGAUUGGGAGAGCCCCUGUGCUUUGCAGCAUUCGGGCCAUUUUCUAGUACUGCUUUUUACCUCUUACAAGGCAGCACAAGUCAGAUGAACUAUCUUCCCUUAAGUGGUACAAUUCUUUCUGCUUCAAUCCUUGUUGGCUUCACAACGUCCCUAAUUCUUUUCUGUAGUCACUUUCAUCAGGUAGAAGAAGAUAAGGCAGUUGGAAAAAUGUCCCCUCUGGUAAGGCUUGGCACCAAAAGAGGUUCGACUGUAGUGAAGGUUGCUGUCAUAGCACUUUACUUCUUGUUGUUUGCCUUUGGUCUAAUCAAGGCCCUUCCUUUUACUUGUAUUCUUUUCUGUGCUCUGACAUUGCCCAUGGGAAAACUGGUAGUUAGAUAUGUUGAAGAUAACCACAAGGACAAACAGAAGAUCUUCAUGGCUAAGUACUACUGUGUGAGAUUGCAUGCUUUAUUUGGAGCCGCAUUGGCUGCUGGACUAGUGGUGGCUAGAGCAGUCACUAAAAAAUAUGUUCCAAGGCCUAUAUUCUCUUGAGAUUUGUUCCAUGCCUUCAAUUUCAAAAUCAUGAUAAGGCAAAGAUCCUAUUGAGGGUUAUGAGAUAUAAAAAUUUGCUGUCAAAUAACCAGUCUCAUGCAUGCUGGACAGUUUGCUGGACUAAGCAAAUAGAAUGAGACUUAAUCCUGGACAAUUUUUGGAGUUCCUUUUGCAACAUUAAAUUACCAGAAGAGCAACUUUUAGUACA